AUGAUAUGUCCAAAAUUGGAGGAAAUCCUUGUGAGAAUGGAUAAGCCAGAUGAGCCCAUGAUGGAAGAAUCACAUAGGGGUGAUUAUUCACGUAUAUCUACCAUUCCUCAUAUAAACACAGUUGCUGCCAUGGCCAUUGCCAGGUAUUUUCUUCGUGUUCAGCGUCAAUUUACAUCUCUUCCACAAGAAGUCUUCACAAAUAUGUUUUCAUCCACAUGGUGGCUUCCCCCAACUUGUGGUACAGCAGCAGCUAUCAUUGGCUUGCUGUAUCCAUGUCUUGAUAAUAAACUUGGAGAACCUCACACUCAUAGACGGGAAUGGUCUAGUGUUAUGAGAUGUGUGGCAGUUUUUGUUGGCAUCAAUCAUGCAAGUGCAAAAAUUGAUUUUGCAAAUAACAUGCAGUUGUCUCUGACACUGGCAGCAAUGUCCAUAGGCCUCUGGUGGUUGUUUGACCGUUCACGAAGUGGGUUUGGAUUGGGUGUUGGAAUUGCAGUUCUUGCAACAUUUGUUACACAAUUACUUGUGUAUAAUGGUGUCUACAAGUAUACAGAGCCUGAUUUUCUUUUUGUAAGGUCAUGGCUUCCAUGUGUCUUUUUCUCUGGUGGUGUAACAAUGGGCAAUAUUGGCCGACAAUUGGCCAUGUAUGAUCACUAUGAAGAACAAAAGGAAAAAGCGGAAUGA